CGGAAAUAUCUACAAAAAGUGAAAUGAAGUCGCACUCGCAGCGCUGGGUCCUCCGUGACACCCUCAUUACUCCCGCCGACAUCAGCCUCGGCUCGUUCAUCCCAAAUGUCACCGACCUUGAUCUCGACAUCUUGAACGAUACCAUCUCCCUCUCCGAGCACGAAUUAUCGGUAUCGUGCACCGACAAUGUCACCCUCUCAGUCUGUAGCCACCAAGCCUCCCGCCUCGAAGUUCUCAUUGCCCGACUCGUAGGCGCAUCCUCACUCUCCGCACAGUCGACAGAGACCCACGUCCUCGCCAAACAGAGCUACCUAUACACCCUGCGCCAACCGAUGCAAGUUUUCGAGCGCGCAUGCACGAGCCCCGCCGUGCGUGCGUGGAUCCAACAUCAGAUUGAGGAGGGUAACCGGCACCGCAUAUACUUUGUGGUCGGAAUCAGGACCGUGGUCGACUCAACAGCGUCGAUCGACCGGAAUGAUCAAGUUAAACGGACGGUGGAUAUCUCUGUCCCCGAUAAUAUCUUGGAUUCCGGUCUUCAGGCACUGGGUGGUGGUGUUCGCGUUGGCGGGAACAGAGAGAGAGGGUCCGGAGUGAGCCAUCAGUACUCGGCCACAGGGGAGCAGAUUUUGGCGCUGAGGUUGAAGAGAGUUCGAUUGCGAUUCUUUGAGCCAGGGAAUGUGGAUCGAGCACGGCUGGAGAGAAAUACGGCGUGGAUUAUGGUGUCGGGUAAUCGAACGAUCCAGAACGAUGAGAGUGAAGGCGUGGAGGUGGAUCUUGACGAUGCGGGCGAAACUAGCGAGACGGAGACGAUGGAGGUUAAUUUCCUCGGGGACGAUGAAGAGAAAGAAGAAGAUGAGGAUGAGGAUGAUGAUUGCUAGCUAAGAAGUGUAGAGUAAAGCAUUGAAGUUGAUGAUAGUUCCGAGUCGUAGUCUAGCGGGCUGGGAACAAGCAAUAACCACAGUCUACAUACUGUUAGGGUAAAC